GUGGAUAUCUCUGCUCACUGCCAGGACUGGAGGAGUGUGCAGAGAGAGAGAGAGAGAGAGACUGGAGGAGUGUGCAGAGAGAGAGAGAGAGAGAGAGAGAGAGAGAGAGAGAGAGAGAGAGAGAGAGAGAGGGAGAGAGAGAGAGAGAGACCGUCGAAUUUGGAUACAACCGGAAAACUCUACCCGAGCGCGCACGGAAGGCACCGAGAAAAGAGAGCUGCACACCGACGGUGCGAGACCGACGUCUCACCGAGCAACCAUGGAGCUCCCUGCCGCCGGAGAGCACGUCUUUGCGGUGGAGGGCAUCGAAAAGAAGCGCAUAAGAAAGGGCAAGAUCGAGUACCUGGUGAAGUGGCGAGGCUGGUCCCCAAAAUACAACACAUGGGAACCGGAGGAAAACAUCCUUGACCCGCGACUUCUGGUCUCGUUUCAGCACAGAGAGAGGCAGGAGCAGCUGAUGGGAUACAGGAAAAGAGGACCAAAACCAAAGCAUCUCCUGCUUCAGGUACCCUCAUUCGCCCGCAGAUCAAGCAUUCCAGCCGGUUUCGAGGACACAUCUCAGGACAUAGAGGCUACAAUCAAGCCUGAUCCCAUCCAGGUGCAGCGCUCCCAGCCUCAACAGUACCAGCUGAACAGCAAGAAGCACCAUCCUUACCAGCCCGGCAACGCGGAAGUGCCUGCCGAUCAGCUGGCCAACAGCAAAAAGAAGUUUAUCUACCAGCUGAACAGCAAGAAGCACCACCACUAUGAGCCGGACCCACAUAUGUACGACACACAGGCGUCCAGACUUAAGGAGGUGGUCAAAGUUCAGGAACCAGCCAGUAAGCCCACUAAUCCUGGGUGGAACUUACCUCUGGCCCUGCAGCAGAAAUGGAUCCGGGACAAAGACACUGGCUGCUUAAGCAAAGUCAAAGAGCUGGCUGUGGAAGUGAGGAAACCAGCUGUUAAAGAGGCGCAAAGUGAGAAUGCACUGAAACCCAACCCCAAGGAGGCGACUCUACCGACUGCUGUUAGCAGCAAAAUGAAGAUAAUCAAGAACAAAAACAAGAAUGGACGCAUUGUUAUUGUCAUGAGCAAAUACAUGGACAGCAACAAAGUCCACGGAGCGAAGGACAAACACAGGGACUCGUCAAAAGAGGACAAAGCACAAAGCACCAAACCUUCUGACCACCUGGAGAGCAGUAUCCCCAAAGAGAUCUGCAACAGCAGGCCCAUCUCUGUCGCAGAGCAUCCUCUAAAAUGCUCUCCAAAGGACAGGCAUUUUUCCAAACCGUCACCAAGCACAGCCGAGGAGUACAACACUGAAGUGGCUCGGGGUCAAGCGGAUUUACCGGAAGACAUGCCCCUGCAGCUCACCGCUAGCUCUCCACCAACAUCUUGGACUGCCGACACCAACAUCCCAAUGCCUACAGCUGUCGACCAGAUUAGGAUACCCUCGUUCCCUGGCGACCGGAAGCGGAAGCUCUCCGAUCCUGUCGAGGACAGAAGCAAAGUCUUUCUGGCGUCAAGGAGCUUAAGCGUUCCCUGCAGCGCGGUGGCACCCCCUCAGGACAAACCCAUGGACCUCCACUGCAGCGGCCCGCGCGACAGCCGCUCACCUACGUGCGAAGCCGAAGGAAGCCAAGACGAGCCAAUGGACCUCAGCUGCCACAAAAACAGGAAGCAGGUGGAGGCAGAAACCCAACCGCAGGUAGACCCCCAACCCACGGUAAAAGACACUCCGCCAGUCCACGAGGACACGCAGGAACCCACGGACACGUCUAAAGAGCAAGAGAAUAAAAAACUCUCCCCUUUCAUGGGAAACAUCAUCAUCACGGACAUCACAACAAACAGUCUCACCAUCACCUUUAAGGAAUACGUUCCCUUCUGAGGAGCAAAGCAGGACUCGUGUUCAUAUGUGCAUAUGUAAAAACAUCCCAAAUCUGUACAGAUACUCAAAUCUGUCAUUUAUAACUGAAAAGGUUUGCUAUGAUGUUUUAUACUGUAACUCCUCUGCGACGUAGCCAAGAAAGUGCCCUCGAAUAUUUGAGCGAAUGCAUUCAGGUGGAGAUGCUCCAUGUAAAAAAAAAAUAAAUAAAUCACCUGGAGCUGAAAAACAUGCUGUUUUUCUAAAACCAAACUUAUAACCUAAAAUUUAUGAAGUUUUAUAUGCUUUGUAUUAAUAAUUUCUUAUUUUGGUCCGGAAAGCAGAGAUAACCUGAGUGUACUGUGAUCACGGCUCAAAUUGAAAGCACUUAAAUCAUUUUUAUAAAUAUAUAUAUAUAUGAAUAUAUUCACUUGUGUCAUUACUAGUGGAGGAGCAGCUCACACAUGUUACUAUUUAACACUCUGUUAGGAUAAGCUAGCGUCCUCACAGCGGAUGGACUCGGUUCCACGUUUUUCUGUGGGUUUGUUUAAAGAAAGGGAAAAAAAAUUGCCACGAGAUGCAAGUUUAACAAGAAGGUGUGUCUGAACGUCGUGUAAACACGCGGUCACACUCCUGAGCAGUCCGCCCGCUCAUUCUCAUCAGGAUUAUUGAACCAUAAACGCUCACAGAGCAAAAACAGUGUCAUUCAUCAAACCUCCCACCUGGUUUACCUCAGAUAACGCAGGGUGUCAUCUCGUUCAGCGUACACGAGCACUAUACGCUUUAUAAAAAGUUCUAACAGGGUCGUAACAAAACCUCGAGAGAUUAAGCUGACUCUAAACCCCGUUCCUUGCAAACCAAUGAGUCUAAGCUAUUUUAAUCAUGCUGCUGAAAGCUGUGGGAUGUACUCUAUGGCCUUCCGUGCACAUUGAAUGCAAAUCUGAAUGCUAUAGGCUACGAGAGUGGAGACAUGAAGAGUGCGUAUAUUUAUUGUUGUUUUAGAAGCAGAAGCCGUUUCCCGGCAUCGUGAGUCGCGUCUGAUUGCUUCAUUUUGUUUUUGCUUCUGCUCAGAUGAUUGUUGGAAGUAGAUCGGCCGACUUGUUUGCUCAGCUUCUUGGAUGUUUCACAAUAAAUCUGACCUUUGA